UCAGCACCAUGCCCGAACCAGCGAAGUCAGCGCCCAAGAAGGGCUCAAAGAAAGCCGUCACCAAGGCGGCCGGCAAAGGAAAAGGAAAGAGGAGAAAGACAAGGAAGGAGAGUUAUGCCAUCUAUGUCUACAAGGUCCUGAAGCAGGUGCACCCUGACACCGGCAUCUCUUCCAAGGCCAUGAGCAUCAUGAACUCCUUCGUCAAUGACAUCUUCGAACGCAUUGCUUCUGAGGCGUCACGCCUGGCUCACUACAAUAAGAGAUCCACCAUCUCUUCCAGAGAGAUUCAGACCGCUGUCCGUCUUCUGCUGCCCGGUGAACUAGCUAAACACGCUGUAUCUGAGGGCACUAAGGCUGUGACCAAGUACACCAGCUCCAAGUAAAAUAGUCUAACGAACUCAACGUCAAAACGGCUCUUUUAAGAGCCACUCACUUCUUCAGAAGAGAAAGUUGCAGAUAAUCUUGAAUUUUAUUUUGACAAUACAUCAGUAAAAAGGUCUGUAUUUUAUGGAUGAGCAGUUCCACUGACUUUUAAAGAAUUCAUAUUAGGAUGACUUGCUGCUGAUCUGAAACUUUGUGCAAUAUGUAUCUAAUGAUCGUGGUAAUAAAUUGUAUAAAAUAAAGGUUGCUGCUCCCUAGCUGUCAUGUAGAAAUGCAUAGAAUGCAUUUGUUUAAUAUCAACCACCGUAUUUCCUUGAAUUACCACCGGGGCGCUAAUUAAUUUAAAACCUCUUCUCACUUCUGUGCUUACCAAAGACGUGAUAAAAGUAAGCAUGCGCUAAUUAAUUUAAAACCUCUUCUUACUCCGGCACUUACCAAAGGUAUGCAGUAAAAAAUUGAGUGUGAUGUAAGC